AUGACUGCCAGCAACGGUGCCAACGGCACCUCAACACGCCGCACUCUGCCAUGCGGCAUUUAUGCCCCUACCAUGACAUUCUUUGACCCAGACACGGAGGAGCUCGACAUUCCCGUGAUCAAGAAGCAUGCGGAGAGACUGGUCAAAGCGGGCCUCGCUGGUCUCGUGACCAUGGGAUCAAAUGGAGAAGCGGCCCACUGCACCCGCGAGGAGAAGAUGGCCGUGACUCGCGCAACCAGGGAGGCCCUUGAUGCUGCCGGAUUCACGUCGACUCCCAUCAUCGUUGGUGCUACGGAGGGGAGCGUCAAGGGCACGAUCGAGGCCUGCAAGGAGUCGGAAAAGGCUGGCGGCGACUACGUGCUGCUGCUGCCCCCGAGUUACUUCCGCGCCCACAUGGAUGAGGAAGCCGUAGAAGCGUAUUUCAAUGCUGUAGCAGACGCAAGCCCUCUGCCUAUCAUCAUAUACAACUACCCCGGCGCGGUGGCCGGCAUCGACCUGGACUCUGACGUCCUGAUCCGGCUGGCUCAGCACCCCAACAUUGUUGGAACCAAGUUCACCUGUGGCAACACCGGUAAGCUCACGCGCGUGGCGCUUGGCACCAACGCAAAGACAGACUCGUCCGAGGGCAGCGGGUACAUGGCAUUCGGCGGCAUGUGUGACUUUACCGUCCAGACCCAGGUGUCAGGGGGCAGCGGCAUCAUCGCCGGCGGCGCCAACGUCAUGCCCAAGGUGUGCGUCAAGGUGUGGAAGCUGUACGCCGAGGGCAAGAUCCAGGAGGCCAUCGCGCUGCAGAAGGUGCUGUCCAAGGGCGACUGGCCCCUGACCAAGGCUGCCAUUGCAGGCACCAAGCAGGCUAUCCAGAGCUACUACGGCUACGGUGGUCACCCGCGCCGGCCUCUCAAGCGCCUUGACAAGGCGAGGGUCUCGGCCAUCGCCGAUGCCAUCGCGGAGGUCAUGGAGGUUGAGAAGUCGUUGUAG